AUGGUAACGUCAAACAAACUGUCAAGGUGUCGUUCGCGAAUGCGCUUCGAAACAACGAUAAUAACAAAACAAAACGAGGAAAACUCUUCAAAGGUUGUAGUGAAAAAUAGAAUAAUUGGAGGUGGAGGUGCUUUCCUCGUGAUGUCGUACCCACACUUCCUGUUCGCUGACAACGUAUAUCGAAACAGUGUGGUUGGUAUGUGGCCGGACGAAGACAAACACAAGAUAUUUGUGGACAUAGAACCGAUGUUCAUAAAGAAUCAAAUCGUUAAUUAA